UGCGAAAGAAGAAGAGAAAGGAGGACUGUCCUUUGAAACUCUCACUACCUGUGAAUGACUUCCUGAGCCUCGCAACGACAAAACCUUGCACGUUUCUAUUGGAUUAUAAACACCAGAUUUCUGUUUCAUUAAAAGAUCAAUCAUGCGUGUUGUUCUUUUGACUGCGUGGGUGCUGUUCCAGCUUGUGAAGGAAGGUACGGCGGGCAGAACCAAAAGGGAGCUGGCCAGCCCUCUGCAUGCUGCUGGCAUCAGAGACCCUCAUGGCUCCUACUGUGAGAGAAGAGGAGGUUGCUGCCCUGGCAGAGAUGACCUUUGCACUGUACCCUACCUGGACACAAUCUGCUAUUGUGACUUGUUCUGCAACCGAACCAUCUCUGACUGCUGCCCGGACUUCUGGGGUCACUGUCUGGGCAUUGAGCCCCCAUUCAUUGGUACCUGUGAAAGAAAUGGAAACAAGUUUUAUACAGGGCAAACAUACAAAGAAAACUGCAAUUUAUGUACAUGUGGGUCUUCAGGACGCUGGCAGUGUGAGCAGAACGCAUGUCUGAUUGAAGCUGACGUCAUCCAUGCUGUCAACCGAGGAAACUACGGAUGGAAGGCGGCUAACUACAGUCAGUUCUUUGGCAUGACUUUGGAAGAAGGUAUCCGCUUCAGGCUGGGCACACAAAGACCUUCCAGCACUAUUAUGAAGAUGAAUGAAAUUCAGAUGAACAUGGAUCCUCAGAAUGACCAUCUGCCGCUCCACUUCAAUUCAGUGGAGAAGUGGCCUGGAAAGAUUCACGAACCGCUGGAUCAGGGCAACUGUGCCGCCUCAUGGGCAUUUUCAACUGCAGCUGUGGCAUCAGACCGAAUCUCCAUUCAGUCCAUGGGUCACAUGACUCCUCAGCUGUCGCCCCAAAAUCUUAUUUCCUGUGACACCCGUAACCAAGGAGGCUGCGCAGGAGGGCGUGUAGAUGGAGCCUGGUGGUACCUACGGCGCCGUGGAGUCGUGACAGAGGACUGUUACCCAUACCAUCCUCCCCAGCAAACCCCAGCAGAGGUGGGGCGCUGCAUGAUGCAGAGUCGCUCAGUGGGGCGGGGCAAGAGGCAAGCCACACAGCGUUGUCCCAACACACAGAACUACAACAAUGACAUCUACCAGUCCACACCACCCUACAGGCUCUCAUCCAAUGAAAAGGAAAUUAUGAAGGAGAUCAUGGAUAAUGGCCCUGUUCAAGCUAUUAUGGAGGUUCACGAGGACUUCUUUGUCUACAAGAGUGGGAUCUACAAACAUACUGAUGUCAGCAAUGCCAAACAGCCACAGUACCGCAAACAUGGCACACACUCAGUCAGGAUCCUUGGGUGGGGAGAGGACAGAGACUACAAUGGGACACCAAGGAAAUAUUGGAUCGCUGCCAACUCCUGGGGAAAGAACUGGGGGGAGGAUGGCUACUUCCGUAUCGCUCGAGGAGACAAUGAGUGCGAAAUUGAAACAUUUGUGAUCAGCGCGUGGGGCAGAAUCACCAUGGAAGACAUGCGCAAUCAUCACCACCAUCAUCGCCGCAGGCACAUUUAAAAGACUUCAUUGCUGCUGAUCCCUGCUUUUUUUGCUCCACAGUGGAGAACAUUAUCAUGUUCCUUCACCAACAAGCUGAAACCGUAUAAUAGGGGAUCUAUAAAAACACCAAGGAAAUCCUUUUUCAGCAGAGCAAACUUCUGAAUGUUUCUCUCUAGCUCAAGGUUGAUGGCACCAAAAAAACAAACAAAAAGAAAUAAUUAGAAGCUUAUCCGCUUUGCCUUGCACACCUUGAGUAACUUCUGCUCCAAAGAUCACACAUCCAGAAUCCUAAUGGCUUCUGACGGACCAAGCUCAUAUCAGAGGUGAUGAUGGAUGAAGAAAUUCACUCUACUACCUUCAUAUUUUAGGCUCUGAUGGCUCUAAAUCUAUAAUCCAGAUAAAAUGGACACUAAGAGCGGGACUGGAGUAAAUGGAAACUUAAGAGUCAGAUUACCAGACGUGAGUCCCUGUAAGUAGAACAUGCCCUGCUUAACGAUGCAACCUGAUAGUACACAAUACAAUA